GUUUUGGAAACGUAUUAUGGGAACUGAAGCUGGAUGCAAUUGAGGCAAAAGUUAAUUCUCUAAAAAACUCGAAUCAGGCCCAUCCAAACUUCAUUGAAGCACAUUCCGAAAAUGAAGAUUUUUAUAUAAAAUUUUAUGAUACGCUUUAUUUGGAAAGUGGCGAAAUUUUGAGAACGUCUGCUAGUUUCCAAGAUAAGGAGUGGUUUAGUAAUGUUGCAGUAUUUGCUGCAGAGGAUCAGAAACAGUAUGAGUCAGAUAAAG